AUUCCCGGGAAAUAUGUUCAUAUACAUGCUAGAACAGCCCUUGGUCCUGAUAUUCCAUUGCAGUUGCUGACAUACAUAGGCCAGACGAACCACGAGGCUGGUGUAAACCCAGGAUACAGACAGGCAGUGGUUGAUCUAGCUUGUGAUGAUGAUGAAAAGGGGACCUGUGAUCUGAGAUUGCUGUCUUUCCCAUGCAGGAUACAUUCUGAUGAAGCGAAGCAUUAGGAGCAGGUACGAUCCACCUAAAUUCUGCAUAUGCUGGCAAGACUGGCAAGCUUUUGGACCGGUUACGGUGGAGUUUCCAGACAAACCUUUCCCCGAUAGACAGUGGGGAGGAACUAUUACACGCAUUAUGAACAGCCGGUCACUAUUUGAUAGUGAAGUAUAUAUGCGGCUGGUACAACUCGGAAAGAUCUUGCAUAAAACAUUACGGAUCGAUAUUUGUUUCCUGUUGGACAAUAUCCCAUGCUAUCUAUUUGGAUUGACAGCUAGACAGUGGCUCGUUUCUGCUGUCGGUAACGAGACGGGGUUCGCAUUUCGGGCCACGGACCAGAUGAAGACAAAAACAAAGGAGGGUUCUGCAAAAACUAAAAGGCACAAAAAAGAAGAACAGAUGACCAGUGCCGGGCUCGAUCCGGCGACCUUAUCGGUGUUAACGAUACGUGAUAACCAACUACACCAACCGGCCAUUGUUGAUGGUAGUCAGAUUUAAUGGCAUAUGGUCCAGGGG